GGGGAGGAGCCGGUACACCUGUGCAAGACUGCAGGGGAGGAGCCCGUACACCUGUGCAAGACUGAAGGGGAGGAGCCCGUACACCUGUGCAAGACUGAAGGGGAGGAGCCGGUACACCUGUGCAAGACUGAAGGGGAGGAGCCGGUACACCUGUGCAAGACUGAAGGGGAGGAGCCGGUACUCCUGUGCAAGACUGAAGGGGAGGAGCCAGUACACCAGUGCAAGACUGAAGGGGAGGAGCCGGUACACCUGUGCAACACUGCAGUGGAGGAGCAGGUACACCUGUGCAAGACUGCAGUGGAGGAGCAGGUACACCUGUGCAAGACUGAAGGGGAGGAGCCGGUACACCUGUGCAAGACUAAAGGGGAGGAGCCGGUACACCUGUGCAAGACUGCAGUGGAGGAGACGGUACACCUGUGCAAGACUGAAGAGGAGGAGCCGGUACACCUGUGCAAGACU